AUGGAAGAUUAUAAAUAUUUAUUUAAAGUUGUACUCGUCGGAAAUGCUGGGGUUGGGAAGACGUGUUUGGUCCGGAAAUUUACACAGGGUAUCUUCCCACCAGGCCAAAGCGCCACAAUUGGGGUUGAUUUUAUGAUCAAGACUGUGAAGAUUAAUGAUGAUAAGAUUAAGCUACAAAUAUGGGAUACCGCUGGUCAAGAACGGUUUCGAUCAAUAACACAGAGCUAUUACCGAUCAGCUCAUGCUAUCGUUCUAGUGUAUGAUGUUGCAUGCCAGCCAAGCUUUGAUUGCCUGCCGGAAUGGCUAUCCGAAAUUGAGUCGUAUGCAAAUCGACGGGUCCUCAAGAUUUUAGUUGGAAACAAACUCGACAAGGGAGACGAGCGUGAAGUGCCGGAGCGCAUAGGAAAAGAUUUUAGUGACGUCAACAAUUUCGACUACUUCUUGGAGACGUCAGCGCUCGAUGCGACAAAUGUUGAUGCUCUAUUCGAACACGUUGCAGAGAGGUUGACAAAUGAUAUGAAGGCUGUUGAUCAAAGAUACAACGCCUACAAGACCGAGCGUUCCGACAAUGGGGCAAUAAAUCUCCUCAAUCGAGCCCAGACGCAAAUCAACGGAUGUUGCCGUCGAAAU